CAGCGAGCAUGCCCCAUUAGUCCGAGUUAAACUCCCCAUGCAAGCGACCAAAGGGGCAACACUGCACCCCAAGUGUCGCCUUCUCCCUGCCGGCUGCCUCUCUCUUUCCUUUCGCCUCGCUAGUCGCCGCCCCUAAAGCUCGCUGCGGGACUUCCCUUCCCCUCUCCAAUACCUCCUUCUCAGGCUGCUGAGACUGAGAGGCAAUGGUCGUCCCGUGCCACCGGCGCCGCCGCCUCUCCGCCGUCUUUGCCUUUUUCGUCCUGGCUGCCGCACUCGGUAGUGCUUUGGCUGGAAUUCUUGAGGAAGCUGGAGAGGCUCGGCUGCGGCCUUGGAACAGGGAGCUAAUCUCGGUGGCUCGCCGGAGAUUACUCGUCGGCCCCGGCUCGUGGCCGCCGACCUGCAGGGCUCGGUGCGGCCGCUGCCGCCCCUGCGUGCCGGUUCACGUCGCCAUCCAGCCCGGCCGCAACGUGCUGCUCGAGUACUACCCCGAGGCGUGGCGAUGCAAAUGCGGCAACAAACUCUUCAUGCCAUGAGAAGAAACCAACAGCAACGGAAGACCAUUUUUCGGGUAGCAAGAAGAUUGAACAAGCUGCUACAGCAGCAGCUCCUUUGUAAACAUUAUUUGUACAAAAGAUUUCUACGCAACCGCUAAAUUAUCUACUUAA